UCCAGUUCAGAGGAGAGAUUUUUUUUUUUACUUGGAAGUCUUUAUUUUCCAUGUUUAGCAUACACAAGCAAUUUGAACCAAGCUCAAAUAAUCACUUGUCUUCCUUUAGCAGUUCUGAUUGUUGGUUUGCUUUAGUACACAGCUUGAUGUAAAAGAGAAGUGUUGAAGUGAGCAGUGGGAGUUGAAGUACAAGGCUUGUUGCUUAGGGGUGCUGAUCCACGGCUGCUCACAAUCAGACACCGGCCCAUGUGGGCUUCAGUAGAGAUGGAAUAGAUACAGCCCGCUCAUGCUGAUGCUUCUAAAUGAUCAAACGCAUUUCUAAGUUUUACAGCUGGUUGCUAAAGCUCACGUGUUUGGUUAAAAAAGGAUCAAAAAGGCGACGAGCUCUCUGGGUGCGGGGCCAUUUAUCGUGGCAGGGUGCUUUGGGCCGCCGUCCGAGCUGCGGAUCUCAGCUGGAAGGCCGAGUGCCGGCCGAGUGUCAGCUCUCGUCCCGCCCCCGCCCUGAGGGCGGCCGUGAGGAGCCACGCGGCGGGCGGGAAGCGGCGGCAGGGCCGGGCGGUGCGGGCGGCUCCCUCCUCUCGGGGGCGGUGCGCGCUGACGCGGCAGCGCCGCUGCUCUCCGCCGGCCGAGUCGCACAAUUAUGAGAAAGCGCUGCCGGGCCGAGGCCGCCGCCAGCGCUGGGUCCCGGUGCGGAGUCGAGUUAACGCCGUCCUCCUCGCCCCGCUCUUCCCUCCGCCCCGGGAGCGUCGUCCUCGCCCGGCUUCUCCCCACCCGGCCUUUCGCAGCCGCCGAGCUCAGCCCCGAUAGAUGGAGACAGGCCCCGCCACCGCCGACGCCGAACCACGAGCAGGAGCUGCCCGGCGCGAGGAGAACCAGAGUCGGCGCCGAGACCCAGCCCGGCCCUGAGGAGAAUGGUACUGGAGCUGCAGACCCUGGAGCUGCGAGUGUUCCUGUUAAUGGCGCAAUGCCGGUGCUGCGGGCUGCGGAAGCUCCGGGUGUUCAGAAACCCCUUGAUGUGGUGGCACAUGUGAAUGCAAGAUCACAGAAAUCCUGGAUAGAAAAUACUUUCACCAAGAGGGAGUGUGUGUAUAUUAUACCAAGUUCAAAAGACCCCCACAGAUGCCUUCCAGGAUGUCAGAUUUGUCAGCAACUUGUCAGGUGCUGUUGUGGCCGCUUGGUCAGACAACAUGCUUGUUUUACUGCAAGUCUCGCUAUGAAAUACUCCGAUGUGAAGCUAGGUGAGAACUGUAAUCAGGAAACAGAAGAGUGGUCAGUGGAAAAACAUACAGAACAAACAUCUACUGAUGCUUAUGGUGUCAUCAACUUUCAAGGUGGCUCUCAUUCUUACAGGGCUAAGUAUGUGCGAUUAUCAUAUGACACUAAACCUGAAGCUAUUCUGCAACUUAUGCUUAAAGAAUGGCAGAUGGAGUUGCCAAAGCUUGUUAUCUCUGUACAUGGGGGCAUGCAGAAAUUUGAACUUCACCCACGCAUCAAACAGUUGCUUGGCAAGGGUCUUAUUAAAGCUGCAGUAACAACAGGAGCCUGGAUUAUAACUGGAGGAGUGAACACAGGUGUUGCAAAACAUGUUGGUGAUGCUCUAAGAGAACAUGCUUCCAGAUCAUCUCGAAAGAUUUGCACUAUUGGGAUUGCUCCAUGGGGAGUGAUUGAAAACAGAAAUGACCUUGUUGGAAGAGAUGUGGUUGCUCCAUAUCAAACCUUGUUAAACCCGUUAAGUAAACUAAAUGUGUUAAAUAAUCUCCAUUCCCAUUUCAUUCUGGUGGAUGAUGGAACAGUUGGGAAAUACGGAGCAGAAGUUAAAUUGCGGAGAGAACUGGAAAAAACUAUAAAUUUGCAGCGGAUCCAUGCAAGAAUUGGCCAAGGUGUACCUGUGGUAGCACUCGUGUUCGAAGGGGGCCCCAAUGUCAUACUUACAGUUUUAGACUUCCUUCAUGAAAGUCCUCCUGUGCCGGUGGUGGUAUGUGAAGGAACAGGCAGAGCUGCAGACAUAUUGGCAUAUGUUCACAAGCAAACGGAGGAGGGAGGGAAUGUUCCUGAGGGUGCAGAGCCUGAAAUCAUUUCAACUAUCAAAAAGACGUUUAACUUUGGUCAAAGUGAAGCAGUUCAUCUGUUUCAGACACUGCUGGAGUGCAUGAAAAAAAAAGAACUUAUUACUGUCUUUCAUAUCGGGUCAGAUGAACAUCAGGACAUAGAUGUUGCAAUACUUACAGCAUUGUUAAAAGGCACAAAUGCAUCUGCAUUUGACCAACUUGUUCUGACACUCGCGUGGGAUAGAGUUGACAUUGCCAAAAAUCAUGUUUUUGUUUAUGGGCAACAAUGGCUGGUUGGCUCUUUGGAACAGGCUAUGUUAGAUGCCCUUGUGAUGGAUAGAGUUGCAUUUGUGAAACUUCUGAUUGAAAAUGGAGUAAGCAUGCAUAAGUUUCUUACAAUUCCCAGGCUGGAAGAACUUUACAACACAAAACAAGGCCCAACCAACCCAACACUCUUCCAUCUUGUUCGGGAUGUCAAACAGGGAAAUCUUCCUCCAGGAUAUAAAAUCAACCUGAUUGAUGUGGGGCUAGUUAUUGAAUAUUUGAUGGGAGGAACCUACAGAUGCACCUACACAAGAAAACGCUUUAGAGCUAUAUACAAUAGUCUCAGUGGGAACAAUCGGCGAUCUGGGCGAAAUCCUUCAAACACUACUCCUCAGCUGUGUAAAAGCCAUGAGCCUUUUGGCAACAGGGCAGACAAAAAGGAAAAAAUGCGACAUAACCACUUCAUCAAAACAGCACAGCCAUACAAACCAAAGAUUGACACCGGUGCAGAAGAGGGAAAAAAGAAAAGAACCAAAGAUGAAAUAGUAGACAUUGAUGAUCCUGAAACAAGACGUUUUCCUUAUCCUCUCAAUGAGCUGUUACUUUGGGCAGUGUUAAUGAAGAGGCAGAAGAUGGCCCUUUUCUUCUGGCAGCAUGGAGAGGAGGCCAUGGCAAAAGCCCUAGUUGCAUGCAAAGUUUAUCGUUCAAUGGCAUAUGAAGCAAAACAAAGUGACCUUGUUGAUGACACUUCAGAAGAACUGAAACAAUAUUCCAAUGAGUUUGGUCAACUGGCAGUUGAACUGUUAGAACAGUCCUUCCGGCAAGAUGAAACUAUGGCAAUGAAGUUACUAACAUAUGAGCUUAAAAACUGGAGCAAUUCAACUUGUCUGAAGCUGGCAGUGUCAUCAAGGCUUCGCCCAUUUGUUGCUCAUACUUGCACACAAAUGUUGUUAUCAGAUAUGUGGAUGGGAAGGCUGAAUAUGAGGAAGAAUUCAUGGUAUAAGGUGAUAUUGAGUAUUUUACUCCCUCCCGCUAUACUUCUGUUGGAAUAUAAGACUAAGGCUGAAAUGUCACAUAUUCCUCAGUCUCAAGAUGCACAUCAAAUGGCAAUGGAUGACAGUGAAAACAACUUCCAGAAUGCAGCAGAUGAAAUACCAAUGGAGGUGUUUAAAGAAGUGAGGAUCUUGGACAGUACCACAGAGAAGCAUGAUAUGGAGACCCCAGCAAAACCUAAAAGGCUUCCAAUUACACAGAAGUUUUAUGCAUUUUAUCAUGCGCCAAUUGUGAAGUUUUGGUUUAAUACUUUGGCAUACUUAGGAUUCCUCAUGCUCUACACAUUUGUGGUCCUUGUAAAAAUGGAAGAAGUACCCUCUGUCCAGGAGUGGAUUGUUAUAGCUUACAUUUUCACAUCAGCAAUUGAGAAAAUUCGUGAGAUUUUUUUUAUGUCAGAAGCUGGGAAAAUUAAUCAGAAGAUUAAAGUGUGGUUCAGCGAUUACUUCAAUAUUAGUGACACAGUUGCUAUUGUCACUUUCUUCAUUGGAUUUGUUUUAAGAUUUGGAGCAAAGGGGAAUUUUGGUGAAAACACCUAUAGAGAAAAUUACGUAUUUGUUGCUGGAAGAAUAACAUACUGUCUCAAUAUAAUCUUUUGGUACGUGCGAUUACUGGAUUUUUUAGCUGUAAACCAGCAGGCUGGGCCUUACGUUAUGAUGAUUGGAAAAAUGGUGGCCAACAUGUUUUACAUUGUGGUGAUUAUGGCACUCGUACUGCUUAGUUUUGGUGUUCCCAGGAAGGCCAUAUUGUACCCUAAUGAGGCGCCAUCUUGGACUCUUGCUAGAGAUAUUGUAUUUCAUCCAUACUGGAUGAUUUUUGGUGAAGUGUAUGCCUACGAAAUUGAUGUUUGUGCAAAUAAUUCUGAGUCGCAAGUUGCUCAUCUGUGUGGGCCAGGAACAUGGUUGACCCCAUUUCUUCAAGCUGUCUACCUCUUUGUACAGUACAUAAUUAUGGUUAAUCUCCUUAUUGCAUUUUUCAACAAUGUAUAUUUACAAGUAAAGGCAAUUUCAAACAUUGUAUGGAAGUACCAACGCUAUCAUUUCAUUAUGGCCUACCAUGAAAAACCUGUUCUGCCUCCACCACUUAUUAUUCUUAGCCAUAUGGCUUCCCUGUUGUGUUGUAUAUGCAAAAGAAGAAAGACAGACAAGACUUCAGAUGGGCCAAAGCUCUUCCUGACAGAAGAAGAUCAAAAGAAACUUCAUGAUUUUGAAGAGUUGUGUGUUGAAAUGUAUUUCAAUGAGAAGGAUGACAAAUUUCAUUCUGGAAGCGAGGAGAGAAUUCGAGUCACUUUUGAAAGGGUGGAACAGAUGUGCAUUCAGAUAAAGGAAGUUGGUGAUCGUGUUAACUACAUAAAAAGGUCACUGCAGUCUUUAGAUUCACAGAUUGGCCACCUACAGGAUCUCUCUGCUCUAACAGUGGAUACUCUGAAAACACUGACUGCACAGAAAGCUUCAGAAGCUAGCAAGGUUCACAACGAAAUUACACGGGAAUUGAGCAUUUCAAAACACUUGGCACAAAACCUCAUUGAUGAUGGCUCUCUAAGAUCUUCUGUGUGGAAAAAGCACAGCAUUGGAAAUGUCUUCGGUUCUUUUCCUCAAGGAGGCCUUGAGAAUAACAACGCUUUACUCUGUAACAUUUCGAUACGUGAUGACAAAGAAGUCCAGCAUAGGACAAUUGGUCAGGAGUUGGCUCAAGCUGCCCGAAGAGAAGAAAUAAACCUUCAAGAGGCAGGUUCCUCAGGCAGUGCCUUAUUUUCCAAUGUUGCUUCCCCUACAGAACUUCGCCAGCGAAUACAGGCUUCAGAGAUCUCAAAAUCCUCUAGUAAAAGUAAAAAAUUAGGCAAUUCAUCUAACAGUAUGCCACAUGUAACAUCCCCAACAGCUAAAUUUUUUGUUAGCACUCCAUCUCGCCCCAGUUGCAAAAGUCAGCUGGAUUCUUCAACAGAGCAUGAAGAGACUGUUUGUUCUAAGGCUACAGAAGGAGAUAAUAAUGUAGAAUUUGGUGCAUUUGUGGGUCACAGAGACAGCAUGGAAUUGCAGCGGUUCAAGGAGGCAGCAAGCAAAAUUAAAGAAAGAAGUGCUGAUAUUGAGGAGCAACAGGAAGACUUCAAAAAAGCCAUACUGGAGGGCAUAGAGACUACCAGGCUGCAAGGUCUUCAAACUGACUGUGGUCUCAGACAGUCUAGUUCUUGUGGUGGGUUUACCGACCCUUUGGCAGUCCAUUCAGAACAAUUAGCCAGCAAGAGUGGAAGAGCAUCGAAUGAAGACGCUCAGCAGGUGGACUCUAAAGCAGCUUUGCUGACGGAUUGGUUGCAAGGCAGACCUUCAAGUAGCAGUCAAAUGGCUUCUGAAGAAGAUGCAUUGAAUGGCAUUGCUUCUCCUUUCAAGCCUAUCAUGGAUAUCAACUAUUACUACUCAGCUGUAGAAAGAAAUAACUUGAUGAGGUUAUCACAGAGCAUUCCUUUCACUCCUGUGCCUCCAAGGGGUGAACCAGUCACUGUGUAUCGCCUGGAAGAAAGUUCUCCCAACAUCUUGAACAACAGCAUGUCUUCCUGGUCACAACUGGGGCUCUGUGCGAAGAUUGAGUUUUUAAGUAAAGAGGAGAUGGGAGGAGGUUUACGUCGAGCUCUUAAAGUUGUAUGCACGUGGUCAGAAUAUGACAUCCUGAAAUCAGGACAUCUUUAUAUCAUCAAGUCUUUCCUUCCUGAAGUUGUGAACACUUGGUCAAGCAUUUAUAAAGAAGAUACUGUGUUACACUUGUGCUUGAGAGAAAUACAGCAGCAGAGGGCAGCACAGAAGCUCACCUUUGCUUUCAAUCAAAUGAAGCCCAAAUCCAUUCCACACUCCCCACGGUUCCUGGAAGUUUUCCUGUUAUAUUGCCACUCUGCUGGGCAGUGGUUUGCAGUUGAAGAGUGCAUGACAGGAGAGUUUAGAAAAUACAACAACAACAAUGGUGAUGAAAUAAUUCCAACUAACAUGCUAGAGGAGGUUAUGCUGGCUUUCAGCCAUUGGACAUAUGAAUAUACAAGAGGGGAAUUGCUUGUACUAGAUCUGCAAGGUGUUGGUGAAAAUUUGACAGAUCCGUCUGUGAUAAAAGCUGGAGAAAAAAGGUCAUAUGAUAUGGUGUUUGGUCCGGCCAAUCUGGGAGAGGAUGCAAUAAAAAACUUCAGAGCGAAGCAUCACUGCAAUUCCUGCUGCAGGAAACUGAAACUCCCUGAUCUGAAGAGGAACGAUUACACACCCGACAAGGUUAUAUUUCCUCAGGAUGAUUCCCCUGAACUAACAAUUCAGCCUGGAAGCUGCACCAAAGAAUCAGAUUCAGCUAAUUCUCUUCGUUUGAUGCUCUAAUGAUGUGAUCAAAUCGGUGGCUUCAUCCAAACAUCACGGAAUGUCACAAAGCUGUCACUUAUCUUUCGUUCACCCUGAUUAAAAGAUGCAUCAAAACAAGAAUUACUGUGUUAUAAGUGAGAUUUUGGCUGGUCCAUAUUCUAAGGACCCAACAACUUGUGAUAACCAUCUUCAGAGAUCAGAUUGGCAGCUGGUUGUUUUAGAGGUUGAAUUAUGAUGAGUAUUUAUGGUAUGUUUUUAAAAGGGGCUUUUUAGCAGAAGGUUUAUUUUUAAUUUUGUAUUGGUUUAGUGGAGGAUUUUCUCUCCGUAGUCCUGUGGUGUGCAAUAUGCCUUCAACCAAAAGGAUUUUGGUAGCUGAUGUUUUAAGGUAAAGCGUUUGUCUGUUUGGCAGCUAUCUUACUGUCAUUUGGAAAAGGAUUGGAGAAAGCACCUACCUCUGUGAUGCCAGAGCAUUCUUGGAGCGUGUUUGGAAGUGUUCCGCUAUUGUUUUCUCACCAGAUGACUUGCAGUCUGGCCUUUUGGAGAGGGCAGAGCCAAAUGAGGGUGUGUAUGUGACGCCAGUAGGCUGAGGUUGAAGGUAGGAACUUGAUCUGUUCCAAUAGAGAGAGUCUUCUGGAUCAAGAUUCAGCUUCGUAGCUGUAAAACUGUUUAUUUUUUGUGGAAUAGAGCCCUAAUUGUGCAGAAUGAGAUUUCUUGUUUUAUACAUUUCAGUUUUCUCACGUCACCAUCGAAUAGUAACAAACAAAGCCAUGAUAGACUGGUAUAAUCAUCUUAAAUGGAAGAAAUAGUUCGUACUGGUCCAAAUAAGUUGCCUUGUGAGAACACAAGUUGGAAGUGCUUUUUGUUGUACAUAGUGACUGCUUCAGAAGUUACGCCUUCCAAAGAUCUCGUCAAACCAGUGUAUCAAAGCCGAAUGUACACAUAACUUUUAAAUGUAUUUAAAAUUGUGUAGAAGACAUCUUUAAUGUUAUGUUAUUUGUGGUACUUAUUUAAGAGAGACUAGGGUUGGAUUAGCAUUAUGUAAAGUACGGGAGAUUGCAAUGCACCUUCAUGCAAAUAAAAUAUAAUUUAACUGUCCCAAAUAUUGUUGAGCAUUCAGCAAGAAAAAUCUGUUGUCCAACUGAAGUUUCAUGCUGCGAUUUUUUUGUUACAUAGGUACUAAUUUGUAAUUUUUAAUUAAAAGGGCAGUAUAUAGCUCUAUAAAUUUUUUUAUUCUGUAGUGUAUCUUAUAGAUACAGACUUAAGGCACGAACACAAUAGCUGUUUAAAUGGUGUUUUAUGUUUGACGGGGAAAGGUAAAAUGUUAUAAGGAUAUGAUACUGUAUACAUUUUGUAUAUCAUUAAAUCUUCAAAGAAUCUAAAAUAAAUCUAUUCUUGUUUACAGAC